AUGUGUUUGCACAGACUUUACAGAAAGUUGAUUUCAGAAGAGCCUACUAUUGCUGUAGAGUCGGAACCACACGCCGUUCCCCUAGCACAUGCUCACGUCGCUCCAAUAGCUCCAGCCGUUCCUGUAGCUCCCGUCGCUCCAUUGGUAGCAUCUGUCUCUGCUGUUCCUCUAGCUUCUGUCUGGGAUUACCAUCAUAUGUUCCCGUAUAAUCAUUACUAUCACCCUCGCUCUGCAAUCCAUAAUGUGGCGAAGUCUUAUGCUAAAGAGACGGGCCAUGCUUCUGCAACUUCGGUAGUUUCCGAAAGCGGACAUCUUCCACAUAGUUUAGGACUACAUUUGCCAAAUCUGGCAAACUCAUUGUUUUAUGCCGAACCGUGGAAAUCACGUCUUCACCACCAAAAGGCUGCUAAGAAAAUUCUCAAGAUUCACAAGGCUGUGAACACAAAAACACAUUAA